AUGGAUCCUUCGGAGAAGAAGAUAUCGGUGUGGAUCUGCCAGGAAGAGAAACUGGUGUCUGGUCUCUCCCGCCGCACCACCUGCUCGGACGUGGUUCGGGUGCUGUUGGAGGACGGCUGCCGGCGGCGACGGAGGCAGCGGCGGGGCCGGCGGCGGGGAACGGCCGGCGACUCUCCAGGCCGGGAGGAGCUUCGGGAACUCCUGGACGAAGACGAGGAGGACGACGACGAGGCGCUGCCUCAGGGCAUGCUGUGCGGGCCCCCGCAGUGCUAUUGCAUCGUGGAAAAGUGGCGGGGCUUUGAGCGCAUCCUGCCUAACAAGACGCGCAUCUUGCGCCUCUGGGCCGCCUGGGGCGACGAGCAGGAGAAUGUGCGCUUCGUGCUGGUGCGCAGCGAGGCGUCACUACCCAACGCGGGCCCCCGCAGCGCCGAGGCGCGCGUGGUGCUCAGUCGCGAGCGCCCCUGCUCGGUUCGCGGCAUCCCCGCGCGGCCCAGCCUGGCCAUGACCCAGGAGAAGCAGCGGCGGGUCGUGCGCAAGGCCUUCCGCAAGCUGGCCAAGCUCAACCGGCGGCGCCAGCAGCAGCCGUCGUCGCCCUGUUCGUCUACGUCGUCUUCCACCGCCUCGUCCUGCUCGUCGCCGCCGCGGGCCACCGAGAGCGCAUCCGUGGAGCGCAUGGAGACGCUGGUGCAUCUGGUGCUCUCCCAGGACCACACCAUUCGUCAGCAGGUGCAGCGGCUCCGGGAGCUGGAUCGCGAGAUCGAUCGCUACGAGGCCAAGGUGCACCUGGACCGCAUGAGGCGGCACGGAGUCAACUACGUGCAGGACACCUACCUGGUGGGCGCAGGCAUCGAGGUCGACGGGCCCAGCCCGGUAGAGGAGCCCGAGGCGGCGGCGGCGGCCGCGGCGGCGCCCCUGGACGGCGAGGCGCAGGCGGCCGCGCUGGAGGAGCUGGCCCGGCGGUGCGACGACCUGCUGCGGCUGCAGGAGCAGCGGGCCCAGCAGGAGGAGUUGCUGGAGCGCCUCUCAGCCGAGAUUCAGGAGGAGCUGAACCAGAGGUGGAUGCGGAGGCGCCAGGAGGAGCUCACCGCGCGGGAGGAGCCCCUGGAGCCUGAUGGUAGCCUCGACGGCGAGCUGCUGCUGGAGCAGGAGAGGGUCAGGACGCAGCUCAGCACCAGCCUCUACAUCGGGCUCCGGCUCAACACGGACCUGGAGGCCGUUAAGUCGGACUUGGAUUACAGCCAGCAGCAGUGGGACAGCAAGGAGCGCGAGCUGCAGGGCCUCCUCCAGACUUUGCACACGUUGGAGUUGACGGUGGUCCCCGAUGGGACUGUCGGCUCUGGCGGGCCCUCCCGGGAACCGCGGCCUCAGGGCUCCGCGGAGAUGUGGGUGGACCAGGCCCGCGGACUGGCCAAGAGCUGUCCUGGCAACGACGAGGACUCGGAUACCGGGCUGAGCUCCAUGCACAGCCAGGACUCGGACUCGGUGCCCGUGUGCGAAUCUCUUGUGUAA